AUACACAAAAGCCAGCGAUCCUUUGAAUUAUUUAACAGAAGAGAAAAAUAAAAACAAGUCCAAACCCUAAAUUUUCCAAUCAAUCGAUCGAUACACACAGCAUCUACCAAGCAAUCCAUCACAGCUGCUCCAAUCGGCCAUCUUCAAACUUUACAGAUGGAUUGGCAAGGACAAAAGGUAGCAGAGCAACUGAUGCAGAUAAUGCUGGUGGCAUUUGCAAUUGCAGCAUUCAUAACGGGCUAUGUUCUCGGUUCAUUUCAACUGAUGCUGUACAUAUAUGCAGGGGGAGUUGUCUUGACCACUUUGAUCACCAUUCCUAAUUGGCCAUUCUUCAACCGUCAUCCGCUCAAGUGGUUGGAUCCCAGUGAGGCUGAAAAGCAUCCUAAACCACAGGUGGUUGCAAGUUCAGUUUCUAAGAAAAAGCCCAACAAGAAGUAGCCCGUCUUAGAUAAUUAUAUCAGGUUUAGUCAGGUUUGCAUAGUAACCAUAACAAACCGAAGUCUGACCAAAGUGAAGCAAUUUGGUCCCUUACUGGAUUCUGUUCGUGUAUAUCUGGGUUUGUUAAUUUGAAAAUUAUACAAAAAGGAGAAUUGUUAUGAAUUUUGGUCAUUAGAAAAUCAAGUUUUGUUCUUGUAAUUAACUAUACCGGGGACUAAUUAUUUGGAUUUGUUGGUCUGAA